GUUUUUACUUUUUUUCUAUCAAACUUCAUCAACGCGUUUUCAUUCAUUUCGUCCUUUCUUGUGAGAAUAGUUCACUGAUAUAUCUACGUACAAACAAAUCUAAUCUUGUCCCUUAUGUAUAUGCUAUUCUAUGCAUGCAAAUCCACUUCAUUAUUAGUAUAAAAGUGUAGUGUUCCUCUCUUUACACAUUACAUUUUCUGAGAAUAGUUCACUGAUAUAUCUAAUCUCUGUAUAAUAUACAAUUUCCUCCUUCAGCUGUGGGAGGAAAAGGAAAAGGAAAUAAACAUGGGGGCACCGUUUGAAGGAAUCACUGAAGAUGUCAAAGGAAGAGCUAAAUGCUAUAAACAAGAUUGGGUUUGCGGAUUCUGUUCCGGCUUUAGCAUAUUGGCUCCAACUUUCUACAUUUUCUUUGCUUCCGCUCUUCCUGUUAUUGCUUUUGGAGAGCAACUUAGUAGGGAUACAGAUGGAAGCUUGAGCACAGUAGAAACAUUAGCAUCUACCGCCAUUUGUGGAAUUAUCCACUCAAUUAUAGGUGGCCAACCUUUGUUGAUUUUAGGAGUUGCAGAACCAACUGUUAUAAUGUACACUUAUCUCUACAGUUUCUGCAAAAGUACACCUGAUUUGGGUCCCAAGCUCUUUCUAGCUUGGGCUGGUUGGGUUUGUGUUUGGACAGCACUCUUUUUAAUUUUGCUUGCAAUUUUUAAUGCUUGCGAUGUUAUCUCUAGAUUUACAAGAAUUGCAGAAGAGUUAUUCGGCAUGCUGAUCACUGUUCUUUUCUUUCAAGAGGCUAUUAAGGGACUGAUAGGCGAGUUCGGCACUCCCAAGGCUGAAAAACCUUCCUCAGAGGAACUUCAACCCCAAUGGCGGUUUACAAAUGGAUUACUUGCAAUCAUUUUCGCUUUUGGACUAAUUGUCACUGCACGAAAAAGCAGAACAGCAAGAUCAUGGCAAUAUGGAACAAGGAAGCUACGAGGCUUUAUUGCAGAUUAUGGUGUUGCAGUGAUGGUAGUGUUGUGGACUGCAGUAUCUUAUUUAAUGCCAUCCUACGUUCCAGAUAGUGUUCCUAGAAGGCUGUUUUGUCCACUUCCCUGGGAACCUGCUUCUCUUUAUCACUGGACAGUAAUGAAGGAUAUGUCGAAGGUACCCUCGGUUUAUAUAUAUGUGGCAAUUAUUCCAGCUUUGAUGAUAGCAGGUUUAUACUUUUUCGAUCAUAGUGUGGCUUCUAAGAUGGCACAACAGAAAGAAUUCAACCUUCAAAAUCCAUCUGCAUACCAUUAUGAUAUUUUCCUACUUGGAAUAAUGACUCUGAUUUGUGGUCUCCUUGGCCUUCCUCCUUCAAAUGGAGUCCUUCCACAGUCCCCCAUGCAUACGAAGAGUUUGGCGGUUCUUAAGAAGCAGCUAAUCCGAAAGAGGGUUGUGCAAAGCGCCACAGAAUGCAUUCAACAACAGGGUACCAGCUCUGAAUUAUACGGAAAAAUGCAAGCUGUGUUCCUUGAAAUGAAUGCAGCCCCUACUGAUAAAGAAUUAGAGAAUUUGAGAGAAGUUGUAAUGAGAUCUAAUACCAAGGCUCGUGCAAUGGAACAUUUUGAUCCUGAGAAAUACGUAGAGGCUUCUUUACCAGUCCGGGUUAAUGAACAAAGACUGUCCAACUUAUUGCAGUCCCUCCUGGUUGGUGUAUCAAUAGUAGGCAUCUCCGUUAUAAAAAAGAUUCCAACUUCACUUUUAUGGGGAUAUUUUGCAUACAUGGCAAUUGAUAGUCUUCCAGGGAACCAGUUCUGGGAAAGGAUAUUGCUCCUCUUCAUUGCCCCAAGCCGCCGUUACAAAAUUUUGCAAGGUUCACAUGCCUCAUUCGUGGAGUCAGUACCAUUCAAGACCAUCGCUGGAUUUACAGCCAUACAGUUGGCAUAUUUUCUGUUCUGUUUCGGGGUCACAUGGAUACCUGUUGGUGGAAUAUUGUUUCCGCUACCAUUCUUCUUUCUCAUAGUUCUAAGAGAGCACGUGCUACCAAAGCUAUUCGAUUAUGACCAUCUUCAGGAACUAGAUGCUUCUGAGUACGAGGAAAUUGUCGGUGCUCCACAUCUUCUAGGGGGUAACCAGCCAUCUGAUGGUGAUACCGAUGGAAGCUCAGAUGAUUACUAUGAUGCAGAGUUAUUGGAUGAGAUGACAACCAGCAGAGGAGAGUUGAAACUUAGAACUCUAACCAUCAAGAAUCCUCAAAACCGAAGUAACAGCUUACACAUUAACAGCUUACGCAUUUAAGUUUGACCUGAAGACCGAAAAUUACAAUUUUUUAGGAUGCAAAAAGGGUUUGAUUUGAUUUAAUAGUAUGAUCCUCUGAAGAGGAUUGCUCUCAUGAUUCUUUUGUGACGAGUUAAGCUUGAAGAUGAUCUUCUUUGGAACAAGAAAGGAUUCAAUUGGUGAAAGAGAAGAAUGGUCAAUUACAUCUUAGUUGUCUACAAAGUUAACAACAAAAAAAAAUAGUCAGGUUGGGGUGGAAAAAAAUAGUAUGAGUGGGGCCGGCCCAGAGCAUGUACAACCAGCUCUAUGGUGCUGGGCCUCAAAAAUUUGGGGCCCAAUUCUCUUAUUUUGAGGGCCAAAUUUUUAGUAAUAGCUAUUAAAUAUUUGAUAAUACAAUAAUAUUAAUUAUGAAUGCAAUGUCCGAUUUUUCCAUGAAUAUCUAUACACCUGUAAUUUCUUUAAGGAAAAAAUUAUGAGCCUGUAAUAAUUUUUCUGUUUCCAAUUACCAUAAUCCCUAUCAAGAUAGAAGAUGAUAUUGAUAAGAAUAGAACCUAAGCCUAACCUCGUCAUUUGUCGAUGUAGAUUUAAGGGAAAAAUUGGUUUUGUAAGUUAGAGUUUGAGUAUUAAAAAUAAGUAAAAUAAGAUCGAGAAUUAU